CAUUUGUCCGAUUGUAUCUCUCCCGCGCGAGGCCCAAUCUUACUGUUAUAUGUUCCUUUUUUCCGCGUCGUUUCCAUUCCUUCGAUACGAAGCGAACUACUUUUCUCUCUUCAUAUCCCCUUCAUUGCUAUAAAAUAAAAAAUAUUUAUCGACAGAUCUCAUCCAAAGCCAACGGAAAAUGGCGGGCCGGUUCGGAUCGCAAUUCUCUACGGUCGCCACCAUGAUCGUUACCAGCACACCAUCCGCAGAUCUCGCCUUUACUAAUCUUGCUUACUGCUCGGCCUCCGAUCUUCACAAUUACGCCGUCCCUGGCACUAGACUCUUCCUCGCUAACGUCGGCGACGACUUUGUUCUUUCUGUUUCUCCCCACGAAAGCAUACGCAAUGGAUAUGUUGCCCUGAAUGCUAUCCAACGUCGGGUUGCAAGAGUUUCUAAUGGUGACACUGUAUCAGUGAGCAGGUGCAGAUUUAUUCCCCCUGAAGAUUUUAACCUUGCAUUGCUCACGCUGGAGUUGGAAUUCGUGAAGAAGGGUACUAAAAGUGAACAGGUUGAUGCUGUUCUUCUGUCUAACCAGCUAAGAAAGAGGUUUGUUAAUCAGGUUAUGACAGCUGGGCAAAAAGUUACAUUUGAGUAUCAUGGUAAUAACUAUAUUUUCACAGUCAAUCAAGCUCAGGUAGAGGGGCAAGAAAAAGCUAAUGCUCCUGAUAGGGGGAUGAUUUCCAGUGAUACCUACUUUAUCUUUGAAGCACAAAAUUCAAGUGGAAUAAAGAUUGUCAAUCAGCGUGAAGCUGCCAGUAGUAAUAUCUUUAGGCACAAAGAGUUUAAUCUACAAUCACUGGGUAUUGGUGGCUUAAGUGCAGAAUUUGCUGAUAUAUUCCGAAGAGCUUUUGCUUCUCGUGUUUUUCCUCCUCAUGUGACUAACAAGUUGGGGAUUAAGCAUGUAAAAGGCAUGCUACUUUAUGGACCUCCUGGUACUGGCAAAACUCUCAUGGCUCGGCAGAUUGGAAAGAUGUUAAAUGGAAAGGAACCAAAGAUUGUUAAUGGCCCUGAAGUCCUGAGCAAAUUUGUUGGUGAAACUGAGAAGAAUGUUAGGGACCUAUUUGCAGAUGCUGAGAAUGAUCAAAGGACCCGUGGUGAUGACAGUGAUUUGCAUGUCAUAAUUUUUGAUGAAAUCGAUGCUAUUUGUAAGUCAAGAGGCUCAACUAGAGAUGGUACUGGUGUUCAUGACAGCAUUGUGAACCAGCUGCUUACAAAGAUAGAUGGCGUGGAGUCUCUCAAUAAUGUUUUGCUUAUUGGAAUGACCAACAGAAAGGAUUUGCUUGAUGAAGCCCUUUUAAGGCCAGGACGUUUGGAGGUUCAAGUUGAGAUAAGUCUUCCUGAUGAAAAUGGUCGUUUGCAGAUUCUUCAGAUCCACACAAACAAGAUGAAAGAGAAUUCUUUUCUUUCUCCUGAUGUUAGCCUUCAAGAGCUUGCUGCUCGUACAAAGAAUUACAGUGGAGCAGAACUUGAAGGUGUUGUGAAAAGUGCAGUCUCUUUUGCUUUGAAUAGACAAGUAAGUAUGGAUGAUCUUACCAAGCCAGUGGAUGAAGAAAGCAUUAAAGUUACAAUGGAUGAUUUUCUUAAUGCGCUCGUAGAAGUUGUUCCUGCAUUUGGGGCCUCAACUGAUGACCUUGAGCGAUGCAGACUUAAUGGCAUGGUGGACUGUGGUGAUCGGCAUAAGCACAUUUAUCAGAGAGCAAUGCUGCUGGUAGAGCAAGUUAAAGUAAGCAAAGGAAGUCCUCUUCUUACAUCUCUUCUAGAAGGGCCAAGCGGAAGCGGCAAAACUGCAUUGGCAGCUACUGUUGGCAUUGACAGCGACUUCCCAUACGUCAAGAUAGUCUCGGCUGAAUCGAUGAUUGGCCUUCAUGAGAGUACAAAAUGUGCACAGAUUGUCAAGGUAUUUGAGGAUGCAUACAAGUCACCCUUGAGCAUCAUUAUCCUUGAUGACAUAGAAAGGCUACUGGAGUAUGUUGCUAUUGGCCCCCGUUUUUCAAAUAUAAUUUCUCAGACAUUGUUAGUCCUUCUCAAACGUCUUCCUCCUAAGGGGAAAAAACUUCUGGUGAUAGGGACAACUAGUGAGGUGGGCUUCUUAGAUUCAGUCGGUAUUUCUGAUUCUUUCUCUGUUACUUAUCAUCUUCCUACAUUGAAGACAAAUGAUGCAAAGAAGGUGUUACACCAACUGAAUGUGUUUGCUGAAGAAGAUGUCAGUGCAGCUGCAGAGGCCCUGAAUGAUAUGCCUAUCAAGAAGCUUUAUAUGUUGAUCGAGAUGGCAGCUCAGGGAGAGCAAGGUGGAGCUGCAGAGGCAAUAUACUCUGGCAAAGAAAAGAUUAAGCUUUCUCACUUUUAUGAUUGCCUCCAGGAUGUUGUCCGCUACUAGUUUGCAGGCAUUUUGUCCGUUCCUGCAAUCUGGUGUUCAUUUUCUCAUAUAGCUUGUGUAUUAAAUUUUCCCUUUCCCACUUGUUUUCUCCCUCCCCUUCCUCUGUUUCCUCUUCGUGUUUAUUGAACGAUUGUUAGACAUUGGUUGAAGGUUAUGAGGAGAUUCUAUGUCGGAAGGUCUGGCUCGCCGCUGUAUUGCAAUUCCGUUCCUGUUUUUGGUAGUUCUGUUUUUACUUUUAAGAGCUUAUGUAAGUUUUAUGCACUCUUUAUU